UUUCAUUUUAGUCAAUGCCACUGUUCUGCUGUGCUCAGCGGCAGCAGCUGUAUAAGAUGCUGGUGAAGCAGAGGUGUUUGGUUGAGGGCAGAUGUGACCUGAGGAAUCGUACUCCAACAUCUCCCAGAGACAAGGAGGAGCUUCUCUUACAAGGCAAGGAGAUGGAGAAUAACAACAAGUUUAUCAUGGACUUACUGAGUGGACUUAGAGAGCAAUCAGAAGUGAAAAUCUAUGAGGAUUACUCAGUCCAACUACCUGUGGCAGAAACCUUUCCCCCAGCAUCAAAGGUCCUUAACUUCCGGCUCUCUCGUGCUCCAGGAAAAGGAUGUUGGACAGUUUGUCCUUGGAGCGAUUCUGAAAAGGAAUUGAAAAUAAAAGCGGAAGAGGAGCAGCUGUUGGUCCUUUUUUGUGAAAACAAGCAACUUCAGUUUGGCAUAUGUCAUUAUCAUCAGGAUGCAGAAUCUCUUCAGAAGUAUUAUUCCAACAGCAGGACAUUUCUUACUGUGCUCCCUGAUGGCUCUGCUCAGGCCUUCUAUCCCUCAGGCCUCUUGGCUCUGGUUGUCGUGGUCACUGCAGAAAAUGGGAGAGUCUGCAUCGUGUACGAUGACAGCGAUGCCUCCACUCCAUCAAUGAGAGCCAUGUUCCAGUCUGACGGCAGGGCGACAUGUUAUCACAGCAAUGGGAACAUAUGGCUGACUAUAAACAGUGCCGGCGGUCAGUGUUUGAAUGAGGCUGGUACCAGGGUUCGUCGGUGGAGCUGGAACAGUCAGAGCCUCAUCCCCACUCCCCUGCAUCCCGUCUUCCUGUCCCUCAACAAAGCCGUUGGGGUCCGAAUCUUCGGGAAGGAACAGGUGUUUGUUUCCUUCCUGGCGAAAGGUCAACAGGCAAGGUUCAGUGUUGGUUCCUGCUGCACUCAGGUGAAGCCAUGUUUCUCUACCUACAUUUUCAUCUUGCAGGUGCUUGCAUCGCCAAUUCUGCUUCGUUCAUCUUUUUUUACCCACUCCAGUGUGAAUGUACAACAGGCAGCGAUGCUUCAGGACCGUCAACAUCAAAGGAAGAGCUGUAUGUAUUGGAAGCCAGGGCUAGGAUCCACCAGGCUUUUCAGAAUCUCCACCAGUACAUGACGACGCCUUCACAUCCCCAUCUGCUGAAAACCACAUAAGCCCAACACCUCCAUGUUGUUGCCCAGAGGCUUCUGGAGGCCAGUACUGAUGUGAUGAGUGAGAGUCUUUAUCCAAAGAGAUCAAGAUUGUCUGCCAGUAACGAAGCAACCUGGGACAAAAUGAGUGCAGCUUUGCCAUGGAAAAAAGGCAGUCACAUCCAACAAUUGUUAUCUUACAAAGAAAGCCCUAAAAAGUUACCUUUCCUCUCUUGCUUUCGCCCUCUACCCCCUCCACCUCUUGUAAAGUGCUGAAUAAAUGUUAUGUAUUAUUACAUAAUCAGGGUUAUACAACAGACAGCCGUCACAAAC